AUGAUUGCAAUCCUCAAAUCUCUUUUUGUGCUUUGUUUUUACCACAUUUUAGCAUAUGGAGGAGUAAUCUAUCCUGAUAAUGCAAAUCCAGUACAAAUGGAAAGAACAAACGAUGGUGCAACAUCUUCAUACAGUUUCUAUAUGAGUCUUUCAACGAGACUUCCAGCAAACUACGGUAUAAUAAAAAUUAUGUUUCCUAUAUCGACAUUUACGGAUCCUAGCAUGAAUCCCACUCUGAGUUCAAGUGACUUUGGAUAAUUUUCAUUCAUCUAGACUUAGAAUAAUCAAGUAACUUUGUAUCAGAAUUAGCUUUAUUAAUACUAAGAUGGUACUCUCACAUCAAAUUACUUAUCUGCUACUUGGAAUUAAGUAGGAAGAUAUCUUCUUAUAUCGAGUAUAUCAGAUGCAAUCAAUGCUGGUUCACUACAGGUUACUAUAAAAUUUAUACGUAAUCCAGUAAACUGUGCCAAUACUGUAUCUGGUAACUUCUAAAUCCAGACAUUUAUUAACAGCACGAAAAUCGAUGAAAACUUAAGCUUUGGAACAGUAACUUUUAGCAGUCCAUAUGUCCUAAGCAAUUAAAAUACCAUUUCAAAUGAUGGCUCUAAUUUAGGUGGUUUUGUUACAAACUAUAAAGUUACUUUUAGUACAACAGUAACUCUCCCUGCAAAUACUUGGUUUAGAAUGAGAUUUCCUUAUGCUAAUGUUUUAGGUGACACUACUUGCUCUUAAGUUGAUACCUAGCAAACUCUAACUUGUUAGAACAAUGGAGAUAAUGUACUCAUUUUUAGUGGAAUAUCUAAUUCUUUAAGCCCAAACACAUACACACUCUAAGUUAGAAAUAUUACAAAUCCUACUUAUACAGGGUUUUUCAACUAAUUUGUUUUAGAAUGUCUUUAUCCAGGAACAAAUAAUGUUUUGAUGCUUUUCUAUAACUCUCUGACAGGUAUUACUAUUAAUCCAGGACAAGUGAAAUCUGUUUCUAUUUCUGGUAAUCCUUUAAAUAUGAAUCUGAGAAUAGAUUAUACUAUUUUAUUCACACCUACUAAUACAGUGCCUUAAGGAGGCAAAAUAUAAAUUACUUUUCCCUCCUUAGCUCCUUCUGCUACUGAUCCAAAUCCUAGAUCUUUUUAAUUAGACUCAACUUGUAGAGUAACUUCUGGCUUAACUCCAAUUGCUGGCUAGUAAAACGUAAAUUGCCUUAGUAGUGGGUCUGUAUUAACGAUAAAAAACUUUUAAACAUUUUUCUCUUAGCAAAUUUAAGUUUUGAUUUAUGCUGUAAAUCCUGGAAGAGCAGCGAUAUACACUCCAUUCAUAAUUCAAACAUUCUUAUUUGAUAAACCUACUAAUUAGUACUAUGUUAUAGACGAAAAUACCAAUGCUGGUAGUGUGUCUAUCUCUUCAGUAAAUAGUUUGACAUAUGUUUAAAUUGAUUUUUUCACAACUAUGCAAAAUGGUACUUUUUCAUAAAAUAUCCCACUUGAUUUUAGACUCUAUCCUAAUCCAGGAAACGAAUUACCUCUCUCAAAUAGCAUAACAUAGCAUGAAAUUUCACUAUAGCUUCCUCUUCUUUGGAGAAAUAAAGCUGCUGAUUUCACGAUGUAUUAUUAAUAAGGAAAUUCGCCAUCUGUAACAUUUGGAAGUGAACCUGCAUACUAUAGUAAUCCAAGUUUGGCUGCAAAGUAUAAUUUACAAGUUUAUCAAUUUAAGACUCCAAGUGCUACAAAUUAUGUUAAAUUUCCUGCAGGGUAUGGUCUUGGUUAAUGUGAUCUUCCUAUUUCAAUUAGUAAUGUAAUUAUGCCACCUUUUGGAGGAAAAUACCAAUUCAGAGUUCUUACUUUUUAUGGAGGUACUCACUAUGUAAACUAGCCUCUAGAACAAGACUUAUAUACAAUGGAUAUUGCUAUUCCUAAUUUUAACUCAGCUAGUGUUACAACAACAGGCACUGAAAGUGGUGAUCAAGAUAAUGUCAUUAUUGCUACCCUUGUUACAGGUAUGUAAAUUCCAUUUGAAGGAGCAAUCAAUUUUAACAUGACUACAACAACGAUAUUUUCUGAAAACACUUCUAAAUGGGAUACAUAACUAGGGUAAACUAUGAGUAUUACCUAGGCUAGUAUAAACGUCCCUUGCAGUAUAUAUAUCAAUAAUGAUUUAUCUGGAUUCUCAAAUUCAUAACAUCCUAAUGCAAGAUGUUAUGUUUUCAAAGGUUCUUAGCUUUAAAAUGUGAUACUUUAAGUUAGAGGUUUCGCAUACCCUAUUGGUGCAGGCUCUACAUUUAAAAUUUAUGUUCCAAAUAUAUAACUAUGUUAAGAUGUUUAAAAGUAGUGCUUUGUAACUAUAAAUUCAGCUUACACAGCAGACUUAUCAGACCCUUAUAUUUUAAAUACAAUAUAUGUCAAAGUAGUAAAUUCAAUAAAUCCAGCUUCUACAAUUACUCCUGCAUCUAACACAAUUAAUAGCCCAGCUCCUAGCUUUGCUACUCCUGCUGGAUAAAGCAAAGAAAUAUGUCUCUAUGCAACUUGGGAUUUGGGAAGCAGUUUUUACACUACACCUUUCUCAACAGGUGAUUCAAUAAUAAUUAUCUUCCCAAGUUAUCGUUUUACAUAUUGGAAAAGCGAUGUUUAGUCUAUAACUUAUUAGUUUGCGAACGGAGUAAGUGGCAGUGUAACAUAUAUAAAUUUUUAUACAACUUAGCAGACUUACUAUUUAAUUUAAUUGACAGGCAAUGUUCCUGUUGGAAAUAAUUUAUAAUUAAUUAACAUAAAAAAUGCUAAUGAUAUCCAUGAUUUUGGCCCUAAUAAUAACCAAAAUAUAGUUUAAGGAGUCUAGUUAUCAGGUAAAUAUUGGUAAAAAGGAAUUAAAACUAGUUAUGUUUCAUGGGCAAUGUCACCAGGAUAUAUGGAUGGUGGUAUUUUGUUUACAAAUUUAUCCAUAUUACCAAAUAACUCUCCUUCCGCACCUACUCGUACUGUAGCAACAGAUAUGGAAUGGUAGGCUGAGGUUGUUUACAAACUUGAUUUCACAAAUUGCAGACCUGUUCCUCAAGGUGGAUAAUUUAAUAUAAAUAUUCCUACUGGAACUCCUCCUUAUUUAGCUAUUAAUUCAAACUGUAAUGUCUAAUAAGGUUUAGUGGGUAUAUCUUAACUCACCAUUCAAAGUAGUAUUAGUUGCUAAGUAAUAAACAACUCAGGAAACUAUGUAAUCUAAUUAUCGUAGUUUUAAAAUGUUGCUUAGUAAACAGCUAUAUCUGUUAUAUUUAGGGCAACUAACCCUGUUAAACAACCUACUAGUUGGAACCCUGGAAGUUACACUAUAACUUCGAAUGAUUCUAGUGGAAAUGUUAUCAAUUUUACCAGUGCUAACUAUAUUUUACCUGCAUUACCAGUAGCUGGACCAAGCAUAUUUCCCUAGGAAGCUUUAUGGUAAAGCUUUUAUAUAACAGACAGACCUGCAAGAUAAGGUGAAAGAGGAUAUUUUUACAUGUAAUUUACAUCUCCAAUAUCAUUUAAUUCUGGAACUAGUACACUAACUAUUAAUUUUGGAGGAGGCAUUUAUCAACCAACUUAAGUUGACAACACAAUAUAUAACUUUAAUUUCUAAACUAUGACAGGAUAUUUAUAUUGUACACUAAAUGGCGAAAUUGCUGAAAAUUGUACUAUUAACUAGCAAGUUGUAACGAUGACUAUUCCAUUUACUAGUACUAUUAAUGGAAUUUAGGCAAAUAUUUAGUAUAAUCUAUAAAUGGGUUUUAGAGGCAAUGAUGAUAGCACUUCUACUAGAGAUGGAUUUGCUAUGAGCUAAGCAGGAACUUAUAUUUUGUCGGCUUCAAUUACAGAUGGUUCUAACACAGUUUCUACAUAAAAGGCAUACAAUGUAAUGGCUCCUUCCUUUGUAAACUUUUGGGUAUGGAGUAUAAACAAAUUAGUGACUGAUUCAUCUGAUAACAAAUGUUUUGGAGGAGGUUUAACUAUUUGUGGUAGAACUGUUGUUGCUUUUGUAUUCUCUCUCGUAAAUCCUAUUCCACCAAGUUUAGUCCCAACAGUAUCUUAAACUGUCAUUAUUCUUGAAUUUGCAACAUACAUUAGCACAGCUUUCCCUAAUGGAUUCGCUUCAGAUUUAGGUACUGGGUUGCCACAAAGAUCAAAUGUCCCUUGCGAAGGCAUGAAUAUACCAGUUUUAGCGGGAUAUGAUACUCUUAGUUGUUAAUUGUAUUUAGGAACGUCUCCCAAUCCUGCUUAGAUUAUUAUUAGAUAAUUUGACACUAUACCUGCUGGUAGUUAUGAAAUUCACAUUCCUAACAUUUUUAAUCCUUCUAUUCCAAAGGAUUUACUUUAAGUGGACGUGCUAGUUUAAACUACAUCUUUAUCAACUGGUACUACAGUUCCCAUAUAUCAGAAUUACUAUCAACUCGUUAAUAUGACAAAUGUGAUCUAAUCUUACUUAUUCCAUUCAUAACCUAUAAAUUAAGAUUUAACUGGUAACGUAGGUUGUACACCUAAAUUUUAAACAGCUACAACUAUUGAUACAUUGGAUUAUUUAAAUCUUUGCUUUUAUUCAGGUGGUUUUGAUAUGUAAGGAGGAGAUCAUGUUCUUUUUUAAUUGCCAAGCAUGUGGAUUUUACCUGAUAUUGCUACUUGCACUCCAAAUCCUAGUGAUUAUGGAACAUAUUCUAGUUGCUAUACUUAUCCUUCUAGCUAGUAAGUGCUACUAGCUUUUUCAACACCAGCAAAAGGUACAGUUAACAAAAAUAGUAUAUUAAAAGGUUCAAUAAAAUUGAAAACACCUCCAUACGUUGCGCUUAUUCCUGCAGCUUAACAUAUUUAUGGAUAUUCAUAUUGGAGGUCAAGAUUAGUAGCUAAAUUUUAAAUUCCAGAUUUUACUCAGACACUCACCCCAAAGACCAUUCCAGCUGCAAAUAUGAAAGUUACUGCAGAUGAUACAAUAUAAGGUUAAUUAGCUUAGUACACUAUAACAUAUAUUGUAGUUAGUGAUAUACCAGCUGGUGGUUGUAUUUAAAUAAUUAUUCCAAUAGAAUUUAAGAAUAAAUAAAAAGAAAAUAUUUGCAGAAAUGCUAUAACUUAGGGAUCUGACUUUGAUCCUUAUGGAUAUCAGUUUUAAUGCAACUUAGUCAUCGAUCCUAGUCCAACUGUUAAUGAUUAUCUUUUGGUUCAUGAUUUUGGUCCUUUUAAAUUAGAUCUUGGUGCCCUUCCUUCUUAAAAAAGAAAUGGUACUACAUUAAUGGUUAACUUUAGAGUUUAAAAUCCAGCUGUUGCUAACCCCUCAUAAUGGACAAUUAAGUAAUGGUACAAGAAUGAGAGCCCUCUUAAUUUGUUAGUUGCAGUAGGUAACACUAAUUCUCCAGCUUUAAGUGCUCCUCCUACAAUAUCUUAUUGGGAAUAGCUCCUUUUAACACGUACUAAAUUAUAUACUUAAGAUUUUGGUGUUUUAGAAUUUAAGAUAUAAGUUCCUGUUAAUCUUAACGCUGGAUAAACUGUUACAAUUUAAAUGCCUACUGGCUUUACUCAGCAAACUGAUUCGUAGCUAUUUUGUUAUUGGGAUUUAACAGUCUACUAUAAUCAAAAGUACCCUGCCCACACCUGUACAUUAAGCGGUGGAAAUUUACUGACAAUUGAAACUCCAUUGUAAACCUAUAUAGAUCUUUACAAUGUAGCCCAAGGAGGUUCAGCGGGUCAACCAAUAGCAGCAAACAGUUAUUUGGUUAUAGGAGUCAGUACAAUAGAUCAAUAUAAUGGUAAUAAUGGUAUCGUUAUGCCUUCAACUUCUGGUUUUUAUUCAUUUACUAUAACUUUCCCAGGCUCCAGUCAACCAUAUGUUGCAACUAAAAAAAUUUAUGUACCUCUUAAACCAACUUUUACUUACUUUGCACCAACAACAAUAAUAAACAACCCAAAUGAAAAAACAGUAAUCGAUAUUUAUGUUUAGCCUAGCAUUCCUUGCGAUAAUUUCAAAUUAUAUGUUCCAGUUGUAGACUAAUUCAACAAUGAUUUAUUUGAUGAAGAUCUAGGAACUGGCUUCACAUCAUAAGCUGGAGGAACUCCUAUAAACUGUUAAUAUUAAAAUGGUGCUGUACAGGCAGCAUUGACUUGUACACUACAAUUUGGUGAUAAAGGUUUAGGUACACCUGCUAUAAUUUCCAUAUCUGGCAUAACAUUUAAUGCAGGAACUUCAUAUUUAAUAUCCAUAGAUCAAAUUAAAAAUCCAAAUGUCCUUGUUGAUGGUAGGGAUGUUUAUUUAAUUUUAGAAGGUUUUAUUGGUAGUACAAUAUAAUCUUCAGAUAUCAACUAUGACUUUACAUUUAAAUAUGUUAAUACUCCUGCAGCUACUAACGUUGCUUCACAACCUGCUUAUGGAUCAGUUGUUAUGGGUGGUACAGGUGCUGGUCCAAAAGAAUUUAACAUUAAUUAUCAGUUUACAAUUUAAUAAAAAGUAUUUGCUGCUCAAUCUAAUCCAGAAAAUUAUGAUUACUUUAUUAUAGAAUUCCCUUUCUACGCUUUUAAUUAAUAGCCUCUUACAGUUUCAUGUAGUCCUGGAAGCUGUAGAUAACUAUAAGGAUGGAAUUGGGUAAUUUGGAAAUAUGACUCUAAUUAUAGUGUUGGAGCAACUAUAAGUUUAACUGUUUCAGGUUUAUAGAAUGUAAAAAUUUCAAGUACGACAGUCUAAUUAAUAGGUUACACAGUAAAAAAUAGAGUAGUUGUUGAUAAGAGAUACUUUACAGCCUUAAAUUAAGUAACUCCAAUUUCACCAUCAGCAGGUGAUUUUACAAUUACAGCUCCAGACUAUACAAAUAUUUUGAAAGUUCCUUAGAAUUAAAUGACUAGAUACAUAUUUUAACUAAAGUUGCCAAUAGCAUUAUAGGCUAAUUAAGGUGUAAUUGAUUUUAUAUUCCCUUCUGGGUAUACAACUUAAAAUUAUUGUUCAGACACUUUAGCCUAUCCUUUCCCUGCAUAUUAAGACUAUAUUACAUGUGUAAAUAGCUAAGUUGCUCAAGCAGUUUCAAUUAGUGGAUUUGGUAAUGUACCUGUAGGCUAAAUAAUAUAAAUAGAAGCAUGGGCAGCUAAUCCUUCUACUGCUACUGCUACACCAACUUUUACAGUCAAUAUUUAUUAAGAUGCAGGUCGCACUAUGAAGCUUACUACAUUUAGUGCUACUGGACCAGCUAUAUCUGCAUAUGAUUCUACAGUUUUUGCAAAACACUAGGCUGAGUACAUUAACUCAAUUAAAUAAAACAGCUAUGGUGAAUUUAAUUUCUAUCUUUAACCGGGAAUGGCAUUAUCAGAAACUGACUACAUUUAACUCUCUUUCCCAAAUAGCGAUGUCAAGGCAUAAGGAUAAACAUAUCUAGUUUGUGGUUUUAACAACAAUAAUAUAAAUAUAGAGUCAGCUCUCUGCAAAGUUACUUAAUCUUUACCUCUUACAAUAAGAAUUUAUGGUCCUGUAGAUAGCCCGUUAACAGCUAAUACUCUAUACUUAGUUUAUGUUACAAUAGAAAAUGGAGCUCAACAAGGAUUGCAGUUUACUGGAGUGGGCGAAACAAAAUUUUAAGUAACUAAUUCAAAUAAUUUAGGAACUUUGACAGAUGUAUAUUUCACUAUUUACCCUACUGCUAAUUUCAAUACUUUGGCAACUUUAGAAACAACUUAUGAAAAUUCUGGUUCUGUAAUAGAUUUAAUUGUUACUGUAUAAACUACAGUUUAAGUUCCAAAUAACGGAUAUAUUGUAGUUGCUUUCCCUAAACUUGCAGAAGAUGGUGUAACCACUCUAUUUGAUGACUAUUUAGGUAAAACAGGCUUAGUUCCUGGAUCAACUGUAAACUGUGCUGGUAAACCAAGUGGAACAACUAGCUACUAAUGCACUAUCAACUCUAAUUUCAGAAAAGUUAUGGUUUCAUAGCGCUUAAGCUCUGGUUUAAAUUCAGCAUACUCACUUUUGAUAAAUGAUAUCACACUUCCAGCUCAAACAGCCUCUACAGGAUAAAUUUCUAUUGAGGUUUAUACAACUGCUUAAGAUGGCACAAUGCUUGAAGCCUUUAUAUUUAGGAAUAUACUAACUCCAUACAAUCCAUCUGUAUAUGCUCCUUCUGCUGCCCCACAAGUAACUACAAAUCCAGCAAAUACAGGUGUAACGUUUAGUGCUGGGACUCUUACUUUUACAACUGUAAAUUUAGGAAGUUCAAAUAUGUUUAGUGGAAAUAAUGAUAGGAUUGUUGUUAAAUUACCCAUUGGAUUUGAUCUUACAUCUGCUUCAUUUGCAUCAUACGCUGCUUCUGAGUACAUAGGAAUAGGAAAUAUCAUGAUUGUGCGCUUAGCUAAUACUAUAAACUCAGGAAUAUAAGCACUCCAAUUAAAUAAUGUAGUUUCACCACCAACUCCUUAAAGCAAUCCAGUGAUGAAUGUUUAUGUUGUUGUUGGAGGUGUUUAUAAUUAUUUAUAUUAAUUUACACCUACACUUUCUACUUCUACGUUUGCCUCUAUCUCAUUAGCUCUUCCUUACUACACUUCAAAGGUAGUUCCUUAAGUAAUUUAAAUAACUUUUAAACCCUAAUAAAAUUUAAUUGGUGUAAACACUGUGUAUUUCGCUGUAUUAAAUUCACCUUUAACUGCUCCUGUAAGUCCUAGAAUAGGAUAGAGUUUACCAUGUUCUGCAGGGACAGAUGAUGUUUACUGCUAAUUAGUUACAUCUGGUACCUAUUUUGGAAUAACAAUUUCUGCACCUACAAUAAUCAUAAGUGGCAUGGAUGAUGCAACAACAUCCACACCAAGAAUUUUAACAAUAUAUAACAUUAAAGAGUAUGCUAGUAGUGCUUCUAUUAGUAUAAAUUUUUCAGCUGUUGAUAGAGUAAAUAAAUAUAUAAAAUAUACUAGUCCAAUAUCUGUAUCAUUAUCUGCUGACACUAUUAAUUCUUCUGCUUCUUCAGUAGCUAAUACAAUAACUACCUUAUAAGCCUUAGGCAAUCUUGUAUUUAAAAUUACAUCAUCAGACUUGCCUUUAUAUGUCGCAGGGACUAAAAUUAUUCUAUUUUUUGAUAACUUCCCUUCUAAUACUUUAGCUAAUGUAAACACCUUGUCUGCAACAAUUGAUUACGAUGGAUCUAAUGCUAAUUCUUGUACAACUUUUGAUUAAGUUGCAUUAGCUAUUAUAUGUGAUGUUUAAUAAACAGCAACAAGUUAGAUUAAUUUGAACAUGAAUAGUAUUUUAUUACCUUCAGUUUACUUCACUACUGCUACUACAGUGACUUAUUAAAUAAUUGGUUAUUAAGUCUCUACUAAAAAAGCAUUUUCAUAUAUUACUUUUUAUCCUUAAACAUCAAUGACUGUAUCUACUCUUGGAAGUGUUUCAUCUACAAAAAUUACCAACAAUUAAAUUUAGCUUUAAUUUACAACAAAUUUACAAGUCCCUGCAACUGGUUAAAUUUAUAUAACUUUAGAUUCGUCACCAGGAACUGCAUUCUAAUUUUAUACAACAACGGGUAACCUUUUUACAGGUUCUUAUACAGCUAAUCUAAGUGGAAAUAUAAUAACAAUUUCAGGCUUUAGUUUAAUGAGCGCUGGUUCUUAUAAUCUUUACUUUGCAUUCUAGGAUUAAACCAAAGUUCCAUAAAUAACUUAAAUAGAUACUAUGCAAAAUGGUUUUAAAAUUGAAACAUCAACUGUUACUUAAACAAGUAGUGUUUCUUCAAGCCCUGGAUCAAUUACAGUCAAUAGCUUAUAAAUUAUAGAAAGCUAAACAUUACUUAUAUAGUUUACAACAUAAACCACAUUCACUAAUGGGUAAAUACAAUUAGAUUUUGGAUCUUCAAUUACUUCGACUACAUUUAAUGGUUAGAUCAUAGACUCUACAAAUAUAUCAUUACAGCCUACGUUUGUAUUAUCAACGCAAUACAUUUACAUCAAAAACAUAGGAACUUUCACAGCUGGCUCUAUUAAAAUAAAAUUGUUCUUCAGUAAUAAUAUGCCAAGUUAAAUAGCAAAUAUCAAUACUUUAAGCUAAUACUUUGAUGUUGUUGAUACCGUAGGAAGUUCAACUUUGAUAACUGCAAGGACUUUUAUGAUUGCUUAAAACUGGCUUGCUCUACAAUCUUUAUAAUACUAUAGUAGUGUUUCAGUUGGUGGAAAUAAUGUUUUACUAACAUUUAGAAUAAAAUUAAAAACUGCUAUAUCAGCUACUACAGAUUAACUGAUGAUUACUUUCCCUAGUAGCAUAGAUAUUGCUAGUAUGUAUAGUAAUAAAAUAAGACUAAAAUGCAAUGUUAAGAUGCCCUACUAAACAUACAAUAGAUACCGUACAUAUAAGUGUUUCUUCCAAUAACUCACUUCUACUUAUCUUGUUAUUUAAGGUUACGCAUUUAGUGCUAAUACUGUCUACGAUAUUGAAUUAAUUCGUUUAGGAGAUACUACUUCUUAGAGAUACAUGUGGACUUUGCCUUCAAGUCCUUAGGUAUACUAUUUUACUAUUGAUAAAACUAACUAUCAUGCCGUAUAAGAUACAACAGCUCCAACAAUCACCCACACAGACUCCAUAAUUAUGGAAAUAUAUUCUUAAGUGUCACCCUCUGCAUACUUUUAAAAUUAUGAUGGAUCAGUCAGUAAAAAUACACUUUACAAUGUUUAAUUUAACUCUGGUGGCAGCUUUGGAUAUAUUGAUAUAGAAUUCCCUAUUAAUUAAGACUAAGGAGCAUCUUAAGUAAGCUUGUUUGCAUAAGAUUUAGGAUCAGGACUAUUAAAUGGAAAAUCCUUUACUUGUAAUGAUAAUGCAGGAAAUUUAGGAACUAAUGUCAAAUAUCGCCUCUUUUAUGGUUAAUCUACUAUACAAAAUUCCUCAAAAAUUAGAAUUCUUUAUUCAGCUAGUGGAAAUAUCAAUAUUAAUAUAUAAAAUUUAAUUAAUCCUAGCACUGUUAAUGUUUCUACUAGAAUAAGAGUAAAAGCUGGUUCAGGAACUGCCUUAUCAAGUAUGCAAGUCUUUAGAUAUGCAGUUUACACUCUUUCUUAUAGUCCUGCCACUGCUACUCUACCUACCCCUUCAUUCUCUCCAGCUACUGCAUCUACUUUAGUUACAAUUAAUAUCAAUGGCCUAUCACUUACAAACAACCUAUCUAUAGAUGGAAGCUCAAUUCUAAGAUUUAGUUAUGAUCCUCUUUAGUAUUCUUCAACUAUGAGCUCUUCUAAUUCCAAUCCAAAUUUUUUAACAGUCUCGUAGAUCUAUUUCUGUAUCACUUCAGCUUCUUUGCCAAGCAACUAUAAUUUGGCAAUUAAUAAUAUUUACACACCUCCAAUUAUAGGUACAUAUACUUAUAGUAGUUAUAUAGUUACAGAAAUAAGAAAUAGGAAAGUAAGAAAAGUGUUUACAGGAAACGUGAAUUAAGCUUUAAGUGCAGGAGGUAACUUUGUGUAAAAUUAGUAAAUCAUUGCUAAUUCAUAUAAUGCUGGUUAAACUAAUGUAAGGUAUUAUUUAACUUAUGAUCUUAUGUAGAAUUAAGUUUCUGGUAAUACUAUCUAAGUUAUAUUCCCUUCUGCUUAGUACACCAUAGCAGCCAGUUUAACAUGUACUAUUCAGGAUAAAAAUAGUUUAGCUACAAUUUCAAGCACGUGUUCCAGUAAUACUUCAUCUAAUAGUUUUGUAAUUUAACUCUCUACUGCUCUUAAACCAGGAACAAGCUAUAUUAUUAAAAUGGUAGUAAACAAUCCAACAGCUGUUGGUUUGACAAAUAACUUCUAAAUGAAAUUCUACACAGAUAACACAUUAGCUACUCUACAAGGCCAGUAGAAUGUAAAUGGAGUUACUAUAAUUAAUUAGCUUAUCUUAAUUGCAAGAAUGUACUAACCCCAUACAAAUGUAUAUUUCUGCUAAUCUCUAGAUACUUGCCCUCUCAAAUUUACAGCUAAACUUACAAAUGCUUUAAAUAUGGGUGUAGAUAGUUUAUAGAUUGCAACAAGCUAUAUAGGUACGGUCAUUAAAUUAUAAUCUUAAACAAAAGAGCUUUAAUGUUGGAUAAAUGAGCUUGCAGCUUAUAAUUGUUAUAUUAAUAAUAAUAUUAUCUAUAUUUUUGCUCCUAUUCAAACCACAUUUGCUACAGGAACAAUAUUGAAUGUCGAUAUUAGAUCAUGGAGAGAUUAAAGAUGGUAAGGAACACAAAAUGCUAUUCGAGAUUUUUAAUUGAUACCAACUUGGACUCAGUAUUAAACUACCCCCUCAAACUUCUAAAAUGUACCAAUAAAUCAAUAUACUGGUGCUUCUUAAUCUUACAUAUUCAAGAAGAAUUGGAUUUUUGUUAAUUAAGCUUUUAAUAGAAAUAAUUACGCCUUUGCUUGCUCAAUAUCUACAACUAUUAAUAAUCCUACUAUAAUUAGAGUUAGAUUCUAAUUACCUAACUCAAUGUCUUUCCCAGAUGCUCUUCCUACUACGGCUAACUGGGGCUAAUUUAUUUUAUAUCUUGAAACUUACAAUGAAAUUAACUAAUAACUUUUCCCAUACAAUUUAGAGUCUCGUUUUAUUAAAGAUGGGUAACAAAUAGACUGUAUUUGUGUUAAUUGUAAUAGUAAUAUGAAAUUCCUCUGCUACAUUCAAUAUGGUGGUACUGCACAGUCUGCACCUGCUUCUAUAUCUAUUCACCCUCAAUAAACUACUAAUCCUGGCACAACAUUUAUAUUCUCUUUCCCCAAAAUAAAUUUACCUCCCAAUAUCAACAAUUAUGCAAGAAUAGGCCUUAAAGCAAUAUAAUUUGACAGCACAAAUAAAGUAGUAAACGAAUACUUAGAAAUGCUUAUGGAUUUUGUUUUUUACACUAAUCCAAACAAUAUAAAUAAUGCAGGCUCAAUAGGCCUAAGCUUCCCUGCAGGACAUCGUGUUGGUGAUCCAAUGUAAGUAUCAUGGAAUUACAAUAUACCCCAAACUCAAGCGCUGCUAUCUAGAGAUAGAAUUGUUAUCACAACUACAACUGCAACAAAUAUUAUAGAAUAACCAACAAAUCCUUCUAUAGCUCUUACUACAACAGCUGAUGUUGGAACAGUGAGAAUAUAUCCCUUAAUCAACUGGCUUGAAAUAGAAUUUACAACUAAUAUGCCUUCAAAUUCAAAAACUGCCAUUACUUAUAAUUUUAAAAACAUGCCUUAUCAAAUUACUGGAGGAGUUUAUUAUUAACUUUAUGCAUUUUCACAAGGAGAGGAAAGAUUAGUUUAACCAUACAAUAAUAUACCUUUUGCAAAUCCUCAUCCUCUUUUUUUCAAAAAGUUUACUACUACCGUACAAUACAUAUCCUAGCCAAAUACUGUCACAUUUACUUACUAGCCUUACAAUAAAAUACCCAUAGGAGGAUAUAUUUCUAUUUAUUGGGGAACAUUGAAUGCAGCUGCUGAUUCAGAUUGGUAAUUCUUAAGUAACUAUUGUGUUAUCCUUAGUGGUUUAUCAAAUGCUUAAUGUAUUGUUGUUUCAUCAUAAAGAAGAAUAUAUCUUUAUGAUUGGGAUACAUAGUAUGAUCCUGUUGUUGGAGGUGUUAUUAAAUUUGUAUUACAAAUUUAAAAUAGUGGAAAUGCAGGUAAUAGAGUGAAUUUUAGUUUAACAACUUUUUGGGAUUUAACUGGCUAUAAUAACAGACCUUAAGUUCCAGGAUAUGAUCCUAAUUAUAGCCACAUCAUUGAUUAAGAUAACUCAUAUACUAAUUUUAAUGUAUUAUCUAUUGUAUUGCUUUAGUUAAAUAUAUUAGAUAGAGUACAGGAACCUAUACCAGUUUGUGGUGGUAACCGUGGACCUAUAGUACUCAAGUUUUAAUUUAGAAAGAAUUAUAGCUACCCUUCUGAUUAUAUUGAAAUUAACUUUUUUGCUUAAAUUCAAUAACUUUUAGCUGGAGAGGAACUUAUUUGUUAUUUUGCUGAUACUGGUAAUGCACAAUUAAUUUUUGUUAAGACUUUCAGAUGCGACCUCCGUCCUAAUGGUGUUAUAUGGGCUUUCAUUCCAGAAGAAACGAGUGUUAAUAGUGGCUCUGAGUAUUUGCUUUAUCUUACAGUUAGAACAAACAAUGUAUAUACAUGGGGUAUUCAAGUGAAUGGUCCUUCUGCUAUUUAAUGGACAAGAUUAUCAACUAGCAACGAAAAUUAAGGAAAUGAUUAUUAUCAAGAAGUUGCUUGGAUAUAAGCAAAUAUUCCUCCUUGCCCAUUUGAUCCAAAUGUAUUUAGAGUUUAUUCCUACUCACACGAAGCUAAUACAUAUAGUUACAACAAUAACAUUGAUGCAUAAACUUUUGCAGAAUAAUACUUGUAUACCUAUAUAAAUGUAACUUUAGCUACAGUUAAUAAUCCUAUAGCAUCUGGCCUAUUAACAUCCACUUCUAGGACAAGAAUUGUAUUUUAAUUUUAGACACAUAAUGGUAUAUUCCCAAGUUGGGAUGAAGAUCCUACAGGCUAAAAACUAACCACAGCUGGAGCUGCUAGUUGUGGUGGAAUGUACAAUGGAAUUUUUGGUACACCUUUUAUACCUGCAGGAUAAAAUUUAUUGUCGUGCUCUAUUAUUCCUGCUUCAGGUUAACUUCCUACUACUCCAGCAUACAUAAUAAUGGAAGGUCAUCCUGCAAUAAAUGCUGGAAAGGCAUUUAAUAUUGCAUUAGGAAGAAUAAAAAAUCCUAACAAAAUUGUAGAUGGAACUGUAUUUAACAAUCCUUAAAUCGGAAAAAAGACUUAUAAUGAUGCUCUACCUUUCAGAUAUUAAACUGCUGCUCACAUGAAUAUUAUUAUAUAACAGUUACAACCAGAUGGAACAUUUUAUCCAAUAAAUAGUUAAUGGAGAUACUAUAUAGUACCAUAAUGGAAUGAUGCGACACCUCCUAUUAUCAUGGGCUCUAGUUAAUUCUAAAUUUAACACUAUGACACAAGAGUUAAUUUCGACUUGAGAAAUGUAACAGUCAAUAUAAUUCCUCUUGGUAUCUAACUAAACAAAUAUCAAAGCGCUGUAGUAAUUUAAUAUGGAUAUCCAUAUCAAAUGGUCAAUAAUGCAGGUUGUAAGUAGCACGAUGCAUGGGUAAAUUAAGGCCAAUGCUCCAACUAUAACCCUAGUUGUCCUGUUCCUCAUGGGCCUGUUGGGUGUACUUUCUUACCACAAUCUAGAUGGCUAGUCUUUUCUAAUAACUUAGAUACUGUUACUAAUUAGUAUAUGGCAAGAGAAGUAGAAGGUACAGGGUAUCCAUAUAAUCGUAGGAAUCCUCCGUUUACUUAUAAUUAUCUUAAUGCUUAAUCCUUACUUAGAGCCUGGGUGUAUGAUGGUUACAAGACAGUAAUUAUGAGAUCUAAUCAAUAUAUAACUCCUUAAUAGAUGCCUUGUGGUGUAGUAAUGGAAACAACAGCUGCUGAUAAUCCUGAAAAUAGAGAUGUUCUCUAUAGAAUAGGUUUGUACAUAUACACAAGAACGAGUACUAUGAAAACUAUAUGGCUUUUUGCUCCAAAUUCUUUCUAGAAUAUAAGAAGCUGUAAAAUAAAGAAAGGGGUUGUUUUAGUAGAUUUUAACAAUAUUAGUAAUGAUAUUCAGUGUAAAAUAUCUUACUAGACAACGAAUUGGUUUAUAGAAAUAACCAAUUUCAAUUAUAAUGAAAAUUUUGAAGAUGGGUUAAUUAUACUUGAGUUAAUGAUAACCAAUCCAUAUAAUGCGGGAUGGACAACAGAUUGGGUAUGUAGAACUUUUUCUGCUAACUCAUUACAAAUAAAUAACCUCAAUUAUAAUGCAAAUGGCAAAACAUGGGUUGGCAAAUUUGUUCCUUUCCCAAAUUUAUUCAGAGUUUAUAGAAAUACAUUCAGUUUUUAAGAUAGAAGAGCUGGUAUUAACUAAUAUGCUGAAAUGAAUAUGCGUAUUAUACCUAGAGCUUAUCACCCUGAAACAGAUGACACCUAGUCAACUUAAAUUUAGGUUUGGAUGCCAUUAACUUAUGAUAUCCCUAAUGGUGGUACAGAUGUUUGCUCAGUUGACCAUAUUUAUCAUACUGAUAUAGAUGGAUAAUACUGCUAGAUUACUUCUGAUCGUAAGAUCUUUAUGAAUACUAAUAGGAAUGUAGGUUUAUUCAACAAGUGUGGUCUUGUGUUUUUCACUACAUAAAAUUCUAUAAAUAAUUAAAAUGGUGUCAAAAUGCCUCCCGUUGCUGGAGCUGAUUAGUUCUAAGUAUUUAUUACAUCUAAAGAUACUUCAGGAAAUGUGUCAUAAGAAUAUUCUAACUAAGGAGCUACUACAAAUCCAAGCUAUUUAAGCACGACUGCUUAUCCUGCUGGAAAUUCUUACUCAUAUAUUACUAAUGUUAUGUAAAGCUAAAUUGAAGCCAGAAUAAUUCUUUCAUUCUAUACUCCACGUGAUAUCCCUCCUGGAUAUGAUACUUCUGUUGGUAUUUCAGAUCCAAGCUUAAAAAAUCCAAUAGCUUAUCUUGAUAUAAUGUUUAAUACUCGUGAUUAUAUAGAAUAUUAUGGUUCCCCAGGAUGGAAUUUAAAUCUAGUAGCUGCUUCUCCUAUUAAUCCAUUUGCUUGCAAAGCUUAUGCAGGUUUAAUUCCUCAAUCAGGAUAAAAGCUUAUUUGUACAAUCAUGCCCUCAACUUAAUAAUCUAUUUAUAACCCUGUUAUAGUACGUGUGUCUAAUUUCUAGUCAAUAUCAGCAAAUACUUACAUUGAGCUUCAUUUACUAAAUAUACCAUGCCCUCCUCAAACUUACUAUAAUAAUUAGGGCUUUAUAAAUACAAGAGUCUUCUAAUAAAACGGUGACGGAUCUCAAAACGAUAUCAUAGGAAGUAGCUAAUUUACCCUUGGUCAAUCUGCACAAUUAAUUAACUGGUAUUAUUGGUCAUCAAAUAUGGCUACUGUUACUCCAAAUUAAGUUGGUGCUUAUUCAACUUGGACUUUCUUUUUUGAUUAAAUGUAUGAUUAUCAAAAUAACUACCAAGGAUGUUUCGAUGCAACUGGAAAUCCAAUGUUUAGCUUUUUGGCCAACACAAUUUUAGUUUUGAAAAUACCUAAUGUAAAGUUUGUUUUAGUAGAUAAUGGAUAAAUUUCAGCUACUAUUGCUAAUAUACCAGCAAAAAUUUGGAUAUAUGAAGACACUAAUUAAAUUUUUGUUAAAGUUCCUUAAAAUACGCCUUGUGGUUCAGGAGGAGUUAUCAAUAGCCUCUAAAUUUAUUAGCUUAGAAACGCUGCAUUCAGAUUCCCUACACCAUAUUCUAUACGUAUAGACUCUUAUGAUGCUGCCUCAAGGACUAUAAUUCGUACUUACCUUUACACCCCCAUAAGUAAUCCUGCAGUAGGCAGCUUUGUUUCCUUGAGUAUGUACCUAUCUAAAUAUUUUGCUGAUGAGCGUUAUGUAACUUACACAUACGGAUUCACUCCUUCUUAUGAUGUUCCUCCAGGUUCUUUGAUAACUAUUACCUUACCAAAUCGUGCUGCUCUUAAUUUCCCUAGCUUUGGUUAGGCUUCUCCCUAAGAAACUUGCUAAGUCAGUGAUGCAACUUCACUGAGUGUAAGUUCAUGUGUUUCCACAUUUUCACCAAACGGUUUUAGUAUAGUAGUUCUUAAAGAUAUUCCAGAAUAAACGAGUUUAACUGUUUAAAUUGUUGGUACUCGUAACAAUCCAAGCUAUGCUUAGUAAACUCUUCCUAAUGAUUUCUAAGUUUCUAUAACUCAUCCACUUGGCUAUUUAAUAAAUAGUGGUUAUUUCCCAGUAAUUACUUAUCUCCCUAAACGUAGUACAUCCUUUUUAUAUCUAACAAUGAGUGGAACUUCUUACUUUUAGAAUAUUAUCACAGACUAUACAUUUGUCAUACAAUCUACAUCUGAUUUACCCAUUGGAGGUUAUAUAGUGAUGAAUUUCCCUUCAAAUUUCCUUGAAAGAGCUCUCACUCUUCCUCCUCUACCUACUCCAACUUAAAUAAUAGGUUCGUGGACAUCAAGUUCUUUAACUUACUCAACAAGCUGGUCAGGUCCAACUGGUUCUUACUAUACUUUAACAAUUAUACCAACAUUCAUGUGGCCUGCUAAAUCUUCAAUGACUGUUACUUUCAAAGCCUUCCCAAAUCCUAUGACCACACUUCAAACAAAUUUAUUCUCAAUCGCCACUAUUUACGAUGGAAAAAAUGUUGAUUAAACUGAUCCAACAGAUAAUUCUUUAUUAUUUAAUUACUCUCCAUAACCAGCCACAAUGUCAGCGACCUUUAGUUUUAGCCCAAAAAACGAAGCUUCUUUAUCUAAUUAUUAAAUAUCAAUAACCCCUUCUUAAAAUAUUCCAGUGGGAGCCUAAAUUUAAUUCUAAUUUGAUACUUCUUUAUAUCCUUCAAGUCUUUCAUCAGCUAAUUCACAGGUUGCUUGUCUUCUUAAUGGAGUAGCUACUACAUGCACAGUAUAGAAUGGCGUUGUUAGUAUACCCGUUACUUAAGUUCUUAAUGCAAACAAUCCAAUAUAAAUCUAACUAAACAAUAUUAUGAACCCAAGCUAAGGAUCUACAAAAAUAGUAGGUUAAGUUUCAUAUGCAGGAAAUAUUCUUCAAUACAAACCAGAUAUUGGACCAGUUUAAACAACCUCACCUCCUAAUAAUCUUUAACUUACUCAAUUAUCUACUUCAAGCAACGCUUUACUUGCAAGAGCACAGUACACUUUCUGUGUAUAAACCUCAAAUUAAAUUGCAAUUACUGAUUAAGUUUUCAUUUUCUUCCCAUCGCAAUACUCUUUUAAAAGUGUUUAUACCUGCGCCAUUACCCCUCAGCACAAUAAUAAUGAAUUAAAUUAUGCAUAAACAUCAACUUCUCCUUUAUGUACAACAUAUAAUGAUUAAAGGAAAAUUUCAAUUACAGGCUAAACUGCUGCCAAAACGGAUACAAAUACAGCUUAACUUUGCUAUUACAUUAAUGGUAUAGAAAAUCCAUCUAUUCCUGGAACUACAGAUAAUUUUGUAAUAUAAAUCUAUGACCCUGCUAACAAUGUAGUAAAAUCUUAAACUUCAGGUUUGAUUUCCACCUUAACAACUUUGAGUUUCUAUAGAAAAGGAUUCUAAAUUAUUGUUGGUAGCAUUCCUGACUUACCAAAAGGUGCUUCUUCAAAUGACAUUACUAUAACACUUGAAAUUGCUGUUAGUUAUUUUGUAACUGCUAUUCCUUACUUGAAAAACUUUGAAUUUAUUCCUCCAGUUAUAUCAUUUGACCCAACAUAAGGAAAACAACAAACAUUUAAAAUUAAACCCUUAGAUUCUGCUGUUGUUGGACCUUAAAACAUUGUAUGGACUAAAUCAGAAGCAACAUCUACAAAUCAAUUCUCAGACAUUCAGGAUACACCAUUUAAUCUGAUUGCUAAACCCUAUGCUAAUUCUCUAAAAGCUGUUCUUUAAACUACUGUUUCUAGAGCUGCAUUGUUAGCUACCUCUUUACCUAUUUAGGUUAUUUUAAAUUAACCAGCAAGUAAAGUGCUGACUAUUUCUAUGUAUACAAAGAACCAUCAGUAAGACUCAUUACUUGUAUUCAAUCCCCCUUAAAUGGUAUUUGUACCAGGCUAAGUCUCAUAAACCUUUACUUACACUACAAAAAAUGGGGCAGUUUCUGGGCAAAUUAUGUUUUAAUUAGACUCAUACUAUUAAAACAUUUAUAUUAUGCCUUACAAUACUUUAAGCUUUGAAAUUUUAGAUAUAGAUAAUAAUCCUCCAACAGUAAGAAACUACUAUAUUGAGAGUAUGGAUAGGACUUACAUUUACUUACGUAUUUCUUGUGAUGAAAGCGUUAAUGUUUAUAGUAUGCUAACACUUUAAGGAACUUUGACGCCUACUACAGCUGAACUUAAAAACAGUACUCUUCGUGCUACAGAUGGUAAUUAGACUGAUGUUAUGGAGUUAUAUAUGCGCAAUUCUAGUUAUGUUGCCCCAGUAACAACUAAUUUUAUUUAUUAUGACUCCUAUUUACACUUUACAGGUCUUGAAGAAUAGACUUCAUAUUUAUUAUAUUUCUAUGUGGAAGAUCUAUCUGGAAAUGCAAGUCCUGUUUAGAGCUUCAAUUUUACAACUUUGAAAAAAUAAAAUCCAUGUGCAUUCUCUAUAAGAGUAAAUUAAACUAUCUAAGAUAGUACUCUAUUUAGUGCUUUUGGUUUAAUCACUACACUUCCUGCUAGCCGUUUCUAAAUAACAAGCAAACCCUCCAAGUUUACAAUUACUGAAGUAAUAGAAACUGAAGUUAAAGAUAUAAUUGGUACCGUUCCAAUGGUUUACUCAUUCAUUUUACUCUAAAACAAAACUGCAGAUGAAGUGCGUCCUUUGUAAACAGUUAACCUAUUAUAAAAUGAAUUUAGUUUGCUUCAAACAUAACUAAGUACUGGAUUUAGUACUAAUGUAGUUGAUCCUACUUAUAGUAUCAUAGAACAUGCUUAUGAAUUAAUAGUAAUACCUUAAGAAUUUAAAUAUACUCCAAUGAUAGUAAAUUCAACAGAAGAUAGUGCAUCCUUUAUAGUUUCUUUGAAAUACAGUGGUAUUGGAUAUGGAAUAGUAUAGCUAGCAAGUGCUACCUAGCCAACUGCAAGAUAAAUAAAGUAUGGAUUAAAUUCAACUAACUUCUUACUUCCAAAAUCUCAAUACCAAAAAAUUCCAUUUGUUUUCUCUUCAUCAACUCCAUAAGACUAACAAAAUAUAACCAACAAAUUUGAGUUCAGUGGACUUCUUGACCAUUCUGAUUAUGUAGCUUAUUUCAUUGGAGAAAACAGUCAACUCGUCAAUCCAGACUUAAUGUCAGACAAUUAGAUAGUAGCCAUACCUUUCUCUACAAGUAGAGAAUCUAUCAAAAUACCCUCUUGGUUUAGAGCUGAAACAGUUUCAGCUAAUUUAUUGAGAAUAUCAAAAUAAUUCAUUCAACUGAUUUUAAUUAUUAUGAUAGUUUCUUGA